AGUUCCAUUCGGGCAUAGUAGCAAUAGCACCUAGCACUUACGCCGCAGGAUACUGCCAUAGGACUUACAUGAUAUAUGCUUGAAUGCCGAUCUCAAGCCGAAACUAGAGCGAUCUUAUUAUAUAGCCGGGUCUUGUGGGAGCGAAGAAAUUAGUCAUAGCAAGAAAAAAAAAUUAAGAUAUUCCAAAAGUUCGAAGUGAUUUCGGUUUUGAUAACGAGCAUCAAGAAGAAGAAAAAAAAAAAGAUGGCAACGAACGGUAACCAUAUCCUCACGCUUUCUUGCCCGGACAAGCCCGGUAUUGUUCAUGCCGUUACUGGGCUUCUGGCAAACCAAGGCCUCAACAUUCUAGAUUUACAACAAUUCUCAGACCGGACGUCUCAUAACUUUUUCAUGAGAGUUCAUUUCGGCCAUGUUGAGUCGACGAGUAGCUUGGAGGAGCCAAUGGCUGCGCUAGCGGCAGAGUUGAAGUUGGAACAGUAUGACUUCAGGCCGGCGAACAAGAAACCUAGGGUCUUGAUCAUGGUGUCUAAGAUUGGGCAUUGCCUAAACGACCUGUUAUUCAGGACGAAAACAAACCAGCUCGGCAUUGAAAUCCCCCUGAUCGUGUCCAACCAUCCGGAUUUCAAGCCUCUCGCCGAGAGCUACGAGAUUGACUUCCACCAUCUCCCUGUCACCAAAGACACGAAGCUGGAGCAGGAACGUCAGAUUCUGGAGCUGAUUAAAGAGCACAACAUCGAUCUUGUGGUGCUGGCUCGCUACAUGCAAGUCCUGACCCCGGGGCUUUGCGAGGCGAUGAGCGGCAAGAUCAUCAACAUCCACCACAGCUUCUUGCCGUCCUUCAAGGGGGCGAAGCCAUAUCACCAAGCGUUUGAUCGCGGUGUCAAAAUCAUCGGUGCCACGGCGCACUUUGUGACGGCGGACCUGGACGAGGGCCCAAUCAUCGAGCAGAGGGUUGCGCGCGUGGACCACAACAUGAGCGCAAAGGAGCUGGUGGAGGAGGGAAGCAAUGUGGAGAGCCAGGUUUUGGCCGCCGCGGUGAAAUGGUGGAGUGAGAAGCGAGUAUUCUUGAACGGACACAAGACCGUUGUCUUCAAUUAAUAUUAUAUUUAAUUGGCAAUGCGACCCCUAUUAAAGCAUGACUACAAGGGUUUUCUCUGGCCGAACCGGAGUAUGUUUCAUUUGCGCAAAGUCCGUCCGUGUCGAAAGCUGAAAAACAGCC